GAGGAGGGAUCAAAUCUCAGCACACAUAUUUUUACACUCACAUGCUCACACAAACACACUCGGUGGCUCUCACUCUCCCUUGUCUCUCGCUCAUUUCAAGACUGUGACGUUCACGCGUACACACAGGCGCCUCGCCUCCAGGUUCAAGAGGAUAGAAGUCAAUAUUUGACGGAGCCGAGCAGAGAAGGAAGGAAGGAAGAAAGAGAGGGGGAAAGUAGAAGUGUGUUUCUCCCCUGUGCACUGGCAUUAGAGAUUCCUGGAAACGUGGAACUUGGACUUGAAGGCUCGUAGAGGAGGUUUUUUACCCCCAGACACAGGUGGAUACUAACCUUACAGAAGAGUGUGGAGUAAAAGAAAAGGGGAAAGGAUUAAGCAUUUCCUUAUUUUUUUGGUCAGACUUUUGGACUUGGAUUGGGCAAGGCAGCCAUAAGAGGAGAGAGAUGGGGAGAUGGAUGUUAAAUCUCUUGGUGGGAGUUGUACUUCUUGCUGUCCUCACGGCCAGUUGCUACGCUGAAGAAGUGAAUCACUGUCUGGCUGCGAGGGCUAACACCUGUUCAGCAUGUAUUCAGUCAGGGAAGGGCUGUGCCUACUGUCCAGACGAGAUCUUUGAUGGACCCCGCUGUGACCUUAAGGACAACAUCAUAAACCACGGCUGUAAAAGCGCGGUGACAGCCGAAAGCAGUAUGUCGAUAGAGAGAAGCGAGCAGAUCAACAUGUUGUUGAAGCAGUCCCAGGUAGCUCCUCAGGAGAUGUCUAUGACUCUGCUGCCAGGGGAGGAGAGGGAGAUAGAGAUGGAGGUGUUUGAACCAGCUAAAGGACCUCUGGACCUCUAUAUUCUUAUGGACUUCUCCAACUCCAUGGAAGACGAUCUGGACAACCUCAAGAGGAUGGGUGCUGAGCUGGCUGAGUUGGUAGGUAAGCUGUCUGAUGACUACACCAUCGGCUUCGGCAAGUUUGUGGACAAGGUGGUGGAACCUCAGACAGACAUGAGACCAUCCAAACUUGCCCAGCCUUGGCCCAACAGCGACCCUCCCUUCUCGUUCCGUCAUGUGAUCACUCUGACCUCUGACCUGCCGACCUUCACCGAGAAGCUGCAGAAGGAGAGGAUCUCAGGGAACCUGGACGCUCCAGAGGGGGGCUUCGACGCCAUACUGCAGGCUGCAGUCUGCGGGGAUAAGAUCGGCUGGCGUGGCCAUGCCACCCACCUCCUGGUCUUCUCCACCGAGUCUGCCUUCCACUACGAGGCAGACGGUGCCAACGUGCUGGCAGGCAUCAUGCCACGCAACGACGAGCAGUGCCACCUGGAUCCCGAGGGGAAAUACACAGAGGACACCAAGCAGGACUACCCCUCUGUGCCCACUCUGGUCCGCCUGCUGGGCAAACACAACAUUAUCCCCAUCUUCGCCAUCACAAACCACUCCUUUACCUAUUAUCAGAAGCUUCAUGAGUAUUUCCCCAUUGCUGAGUUGGGUCUGCUACAGGAAGACUCUGCUAACAUCCUCAGUAUCCUGGAGAAAGCCUUUGAGAAUAUCCGUUCUAAGAUCAGUAUCCGUGCUGAGGACAGGCCUAAAGCUAUAGAAGCUCAAGUCCUAUCAUACAGUGGCAAUGUUGCACAGGCUGGAACCUUCAAAGUCAAGCCUGGACAAAUAGGGAAGUUUAAGGUGCGUGUCAAAGCCAGUGAGAUGGUUGGGGAGGAACAUGUGUGUAAUCUGGAGCAGGGUGACAAAAAGGGGAAGAUGAGAGUCAAACCAACAACCUUCAGCACAGCUCUAAACAUCAACGCUGAAGUGCUCUGUAAAACCUGCGACUGUGAGAAGACUCCCACUGAAAAUGCAGUGCGGUGUACAGGCCACGGCGCCCUGGUCUGUGGGAAGUGCCAGUGCUACGUUGGCUGGCUGGGUCCGUUCUGUAACUGCUCAGCCAGUGCGUCGCCGGACGCAGGUGGGUCCUGUCUGGGUCCUGAUGUGGGGGAGCCGUGUUCUGGCCGAGGAGAUUGCCUGUGUGGAACGUGUGUGUGUUACAACACCGACCAGUACGAGGGACCCCUCUGUCAGUUUGACAAGUCCCAGUGUCAACGAUACGGAGGCUUCCUCUGCAACGACCGUGGUCGCUGCUUCAUGGGCCAGUGUGCGUGUGCAGAGGGCUGGGAGGGACCGGCCUGUGAGUGUCCCAUAAGCAACCAGACCUGUCUGGACACUAAAGGGGGUGUCUGUAACGGGCGUGGUGUGUGUAAGUGCGGUCGUUGUGAGUGCCAGGACUCGGGCCUGCCCAUGACCCCCACCUGUGAGGCUAACUUCCAGGCUCAGCUGGGGAUGUGUGAGGACAAGAGGAGCUGUGUCCAGUGUCAGGCCUGGAAGACAGGAGAGAAAAAGGACAGCGACCAGUGUAACCAGUGCAAGUUCAAAGUCGUCAUGGUGGACGAGCUCAAGGAAAAUAAAGAGGUGAUUGAGGCGUGUAGUUUCCGUGACGAGGAUGAUGACUGUACGUACCACUACACCGUGGACUACCCUGAGGACCAGACUGACAAGGAACUGGAGGUCCAGGUGCUCAAGAAGAAAGACUGUCCCCCUGCUGGCUUCCUGUGGCUGAUCCCUCUCAUCAUGUUCCUCAUGUUACUGCUGGGUCUACUGCUGCUCUGCUGCUGGAAGUACUGCGCCUGCUGCAAGGCAUGUCUUGCUCUACUGCCAUGCUGUGGAAGAGGCCGUAUGGUUGGCUUUAAGGAGGACCAGUACAUGCUCCGCCAAUCCCUGCUUACCUCUGACCACCUGGACACGCCCCUAGUGAGGACAGGCCCGCCCAAGAGCACCGACGUGGUUCGCUGGAAGAUCACCGACAAUGUCCACCGAUCACCCAAUCACCCGCUGGCGCAGGUCCAGCCCAACCCCAAAGAGACCAUCCAGUUCCCUCUGUCUCUGCGUCUGAACAGGUUGUUCACAGACAGUCUGUCUCACCCUGACGCCAGAGACACGGAGAUGUUGCGCAGGGAGGUGGAUGACAACCUGAAUGAAGUGUACAAGCAUAUUCCUGGAGCCCAGAAAGUUCAGAAGACCAAAUUUAGAUUGCAGAGAAAUGCUGGUAAAAGAAAAGACCACACAAUUGUAGACACAGUCGUGUCCGCUCCUCGCUCCAGCUACCCUGAUAUCGUCAAAUUGACUGAGAAAAACGUCCAGUCUGGAAACUUCCAAGAUCUCAAAGUGGUGCCGGGCUACUAUACAGUGGCCACAGACAAAGAGGCGGCUGGUGCCGUGGAGUUCCAGGAGGGGGUGGAGACGGUGGAUGUGCGCGUGCCGCUCUUCAUCAAGGAAGAAGAUGAUGAUAAGAAGCAGCUGCAGGUGGAGGCGGUAGACGUUCCUCUGGGCAUCGCUGAAAUAGGGAAACGCUUCGUCAACAUAACCGUCAUCAAAGAACACGCCAAGAGUAUUAUGUCGUUCCUCCAGCCUUCGUACACUUACAGCCGACAGGACGGAGUGGCUAACAUCCCCAUUAGCAGAGAGAUCAUAGAGGACGGACACACACAAGUCACCUACCGCACCCGAGAUCUCACCGCCAAGGACAAGAAGGACUAUGUGACAGUGGAUGGGGACCUGUCCUACGGGCCAGGGGAGACCCAGAAGACUGUCCCUGUGCGUCUGUUGGAGCUGGGAGAGGGAGACGGUCUGCUGAAGGACACACAGGUCAAACAAUUUGUCAUGGACCUCACUAACCCAAGACAGGGAGCAAAGCUGGGACGCUACCCCAGAACCACCGUCACCAUCACUGACCAACCAGAGCCCAGUGUGAUGAUGUUUAUGAAGAGCACCCAGAACUUCUCCACAGCUGACCCAACCUACUCCAUUCCUGUGGUCCGCACCCGCAACCAGGAGGGGCCUGCCACCGUCCACUGGAAGACCCGCAAUGCCAAGCGCUUCGAGCUGUCCGGUCCCCUCAAGUUUGGUCCUGGGGAGACGGAGAAGAACAUCGUGAUCGACCCACUCUCUCACCCUGGCCCGGUCAAACCAGAAGUCUUCCAGCUGGAGUUGUUUGACCCCAGUACGAACGCUGCGGUCGGGGAGAGGAAGACAACGAUGGUCACGGUUACUGAUGGAGGACUCCCAGAGAAUGCCCAGAGGCAGCAGCAGGGAAUGGACUUCAUCAACCAGACAGCCAUGUCUCCUGGUGGUCGUCUCUUCUCUCCCACCAAUGUGAAGGCUAAAGCCACUGGCCCACGAAACAUCCGUCUCAACUGGGACCCCUUAGGAAGCCCCCUGGGCUACAAGGUGAAGUAUUGGAUCUAUGGGGACCCUGAGGCUGAUGCCCAGGUGAUGGAUGUGAAGACCCCCCACGCUGAGCUGACCAACCUGUACCCCUUCUGUGACUACGAGAUGAAGGUGUGUGGCUACAAUGCCCUAGGAGACGGAAACUACAGCGACAUGGUGCCCUGUCAGACCCUGGAGGAUGUCCCCAGUGAGCCCGGUCGUCUGGCGUUCAAUGUCAUCAGUCCAACUGUCACUCAGGUCAGCUGGGCGGAGCCUGCCGAGACCAACGGCGUCAUCACCAACUACGAGGUCCUCUAUACACCCAUCAAUGACGACACAAAGCCGAUGGGUGUAGCUAAGAAGGUUAAGAUAGACAACCCUAAGAAGAGGAUGUUGCUAAUUGAGAACCUGCAGUCAGCCCAGACCUACUGCUAUAAGGUCCGGGCUAAAAACAGCGUUGGCUGGGGUCCAUUCAGAGAGGCAACCAUCAAUCUGGCCUCACAGCCCGUCAGACCCAUGUCCAUUCCCAUCAUCCCAGACAUCCCAAUAGUGGACGCGGAGGCCGGGGAUGAGUACGACGGCUACCUGAUGUACAGCAGUGAGGUCUUGAGGUCACCAACAGGCUCCAAGAGACCCAGCGUCUCAGACGAAGACCAAAUGAACGGGAGGUGGGAACAAAACUUCCUGUUCCCCGGGGGAAAUAAUUCCAUGUCGCGCAGUGCCAACAUGUCUUCUUCCAGCUACAGCCAGAUGUCUCCCAUGUCCACCCUCAGCUCCAACCACAGAGGAGGGGCCGGGGGUUCCAUGACCACGGAGUCCACCACAACAUACCUCUCUGGACAAGGAGGAAACUCGCUCUCCCGCACACAGAUUAUUGGGGGCGGGAUGCGCACAGAGAAUGUUGUCCUGAGAAAGCGGUCAGAGAACAAAGGUUACUAUGAGUAUGACGACAACAUCCGAGAUUCCAUCGUCAUAGGAGACCUGUCCAGUGGAUUGUCUGGAUACACAGACGGCAAAAGUACAUAUGGCUUCAGCCCCACUCAGACUCCGAGUCAGUACAGCUACAGUAUGUCUAAGGUCUUGCGGGGCAGGACCCAGUCUGAGGAUGUCAACGAUGCUCUACUGAAUCUGGACAGGGUGCUCCAGGACUCUCGUUUGGCCCCUGGGGUCCCUGACACCCCCACCAGGCUGGUGUUCUCUGCCCUGGGCCCCACUGCCCUGAAGGUCAGCUGGCAGGAGCCCCACUGUGAGAGGGAUGUGCUGGGGUACUGUGUCCUCUACCAGCUGCUCAAUGGAGGUGAUGUGAAACGUAUAGACGUGUCCAGCCCAGCAGAGAACUCUGUGGUGGUGCAGGACCUGCUGCCUAACCACUCCUACCUGUUCAAGGUGAAGGCUCAGAGUCUGGAGGGCUGGGGACCAGAGAGGGAGGGAGUCAUCACCAUAGAGUCAGCCGUCAACCCCAACAGCCCACUCAGUCCAAUGCCAGGUUCUCCCUUCACUCUCAGUACCCCCAGUGCUCCAGGCCCCCUGGUGUUCACAGCUCUGUCCCCCGAGGCACUGCAGCUGAGCUGGGACAAACCCCGCAAACCCAACGGAGACAUCCUGGGUUACGUGGUCACCUGUGAACAGCUGCACGGAGGAGGUGACAUGCGUUCCUUCCAGGUGAGCGGUAACAGCGCUGAGACCAGUCUGACGGUUCCGGACCUGAGUGAGAACAUGCCAUACAAGUUCAAAGUUCAGGCCAGGACAACCCAGGGCUUCGGCCCUGAGAGGGAGGGCAUCAUCACCAUCGAGUCUCAGGAUGGGGGUAGCACGUCUCAAAUAGGUGGAAUAGGCGGUAUGUCUCAACUAGGAGGCCUAGGUGGUAUUUCCCAAAUAGAAGGCCUAGGAGGUAUGUCUCAGUACAGUAGUCAGUCCUUGACAAAGAGAGAUGUGUUCCAACUGCCGACAGAGGUCAGCACCCGCACCAACGUCACACACACCAUGAUCAACGACCCCUACUUCUCAGGAGACGGUAUGAUGAUGACAGGUAUGACGACCCAGCACACAGAGACCAGCGGCAUGGUGACACGUCACGUGACAAAGGAGGUGGUCCAGAGGAGCAUGCAGGUGGCCGGCUCCAGCAGCGUCACCAAGAAGGUCGAGAGGUCGUUCUAUGAGGCCUGAGGUCAAAGGUCAACAACAAGAUGGCGGUGUCCAUGAGGCCCAACACAUCCUCCUCUCCUCUCUGUCUGUUACAGUGGAUCCUGACCUGUCCUGCCCUCUGUCUGACAUGGGAUUAAUUUCAUUCUUGUCAGUCUUUUGUUUAUGGUUUUGUCGCUUCUUUCUAUUUUGUUGAAAACAUUUUACAUUCAAAGAACCCUACCACCCCCACAAAGAGGUCUUGUUGGAAGUUUGACAAUUUUUACACAC